AUGACUCCGUCGUCAAAGGGUCACAAGCCAAGGAGCUACGAAAUGUUACGGCAUAAGCCAUAUCGGACGCAUGGAAGGACUCUCGUUCGGCAACAUCGGCUUUGGCUAAGCAGCGCAGUAGGGCAGAGGAUUGACGGGAUUUUACAGUAUCUCCAUGUACUCCUGAAUGGCCUACAGCAAAGAUCACCUAUUUUACUGGUGCAAACGAAUACCCGCCCAACCCCAUUGCCACCGUACCUCAAGGCUUCUUACCUAAUUGCCUCUCUCCAUGGUGCGGCAAGGGAGAAGAUUGACGAACUCACGGCGGCGCAGCGUGAGAACUACGACACGGUGAUAGCCCACCUCAAGAACUAUUACGAGGGACCACACCUCGCUAAUAUGGCGCGAAGGGCUCUAGCGAAAUGCAAGCAAGAGGAAAGUGAACCUGCAGCAGGCGCAUCCGUCUCGCACGCUCCACCUCACCGAGACCCGGCUGAGGCUAAUAUCCGAUCCCUGUCUCACUCACGAAUGGAUGGGUCACGUUAUGAUUCGGUGUCCAAUCCCCUCGAUGAAGAGAUGGAUACAUUCAAGUCCGCACCAGUUCCCCGACCCCGCCAGCCGAAACUGACUUACCCGAAGAAGCACUCGACUCAGAUGGAUCCCACAGCAUCCGUUCUGCCAAGGAUGCGGACGUCGCAUCACUGCUAUCGUCAAUGGGCCUUCCCCGUUCAGGCACGCCGGGCUCAGAUCUACCCAGUUCAGCCGUGA